AUGAAGGAGCUGCACGCUUAUAAAGAAUUAUCGGGUGCUUAUAUUCUUAAAAUCUUUGGUUAUUCAACGAAACCGGCAUCAAGAGGCACUAAAUACAUGCUUAUUUUCGAAUAUAUGUCGCGCGGAAGUUUAACAUCGAUCAUCACACAGAAAGAUAAACUAUCAUGGCGACGAAAAUUAACAAUGGCUGUCAAUGUGGCUAGUGGUAUGCGUAAAAUUCAUGAGCAUCGAAUGAUUCAUCGAGAUAUUCGUCCCGAUAACAUUCUCGUUUCCCAUGAUUACACAGCCAAAAUUGGUGAUAUGGGAAUCGCUCGAGUCCUAAGUUCUGAUAUGCAUCAUACCGUGAUGGGUUGUAAAGAAUAUAUGCCGCUAGAAUUUUAUACAGGAGUUUAUGAUCAAAAAUUAGACAUUUUCACAUUUGGAUUGACAUUAAAUCAUCUGUUCACAGGAAUUAUGCAUGACUAUGACCAGUUGAACAGAAAACCGAUUAUAAAAAAACAGAGUCCAAUAUUCUGGAAUCUUAUCGCUCGAUGUAUUGUUACCGAUCCAAAGCAGCGACCAACAGCAUUCGAAAUAGAAAAAAUACUCGAUUUGUACAAUUUGAGCUUCAAUGAAAUGAUAAAACAAUAUCGACAUUACACCGAAUUAUCAACAGAAGAUAAAGAUAAAGUAUUUAAGCAAUUCUACGAACGAUUUUAUCCGAAAGCGAAUCAGUUGCUUGAGCAAAAAUUUUCAAUAACUUUUGCUCAUUAG